GCUGAAGAGAGAAGACAGAAGACGAGACAGAUGAGACGACUUCAGAGAGACACGAUGUAGACAGUUGAGCAGAGGAACAGCUAGACAGGUGAACAGGUAUCCGGAUCAUCAUGUCCAUCAGUGUGAAUCUGAGGAGGAUCUCCAACCUACCGGGACGAUCUGACAGAAAGGUCGAACUCUGCUUCAGAGGUUUCACCCAUAAAACCAGAGUCCUGCAGUGUGAGAACCUGGCCAUCUUCAACGAGCAUUUCCGUUGGCCUCACUAUGGUAAAGUGAUCACAGACGAAGUUUUGUCCAUCAGUGUUUACAACUGCAGUAAAGUCUUCUCCAACAGACUCCUCGGUAAGCUUGUUGUCAGUCUCCAGCAUGUUGUUACUGCGGGGAGGCUGUUGCUACGGGAACCGCUCACAGAUGCUAACUACAGCCUGACUGAUAUCUAUAUUGAGUUGGAAAUUCGGUAUCAUCCAGUUGAAGGAACAGCAGGAAGCUGGGAGGGACACGACUUCCUGAAAGUCGAAGACAAAGAUGAAUCAGCUCUGGUCAUCAGGAAUGAAGCAUUUGAUGACCCUGAAAGUCAGCAGACUGUCGCUCGCCCAGGUCAGCUGGACAGAGAAGCUCGGCGUCUGGGGCGGAGCCUGGUCCAGACUGGGGAUGAAGAUGAAGACGAUGAUGAUGAUUAUGAUGAUGACCUGAUGGACAUGGAGACUUCCAACAUCAUCUUCACUCCUCUGCUGAGUCGUUGCAGACCGCUGACCAGAAGUGUUGCUGCGGGGACGCCCAGAGCCCAGAGCUUCCAGGUGAAUGUGAACAUCCUAGAGGCUCAGAAGCUGGUUGGAGUGAACAUCAACCCUGCAGUUUUCAUCAGAGUGGGAAAUCAGAAAAAACACACAGCAACGCAGAAAUCCACAAACUGCCCCUUCUACAAUGAGAACUUCCAGUUUGAGUUUCAGGAGGCUCCAGAGAUCCUCUUCGAUAAAGUCAUAGAGAUCAAGGUGUUCCACAGGCGGACUCUGGCCUUCCUGUUGACCCACAUUGGAACCUUUAAAAUUGACAUCGCCACCGUGUACAGCCAGCCAGACCACCGCUUCCACCAGAAGUGGGCUCCUCUCACCGACCCGGCAGACACCAGGUCAGGGAUCAAGGGUUACGUCAAGGCCAGUCUCAGUGUGCUGAUGAAGGGAGACGCUCUGAGCAUGUCCAGUCUGCCACCGCCCUCCUCGUCUGGAGCCAGCGAGGAGAUAGAAAAGAACCUGCUGCUUCCUCGUGGUAUGGCUUCUGAGCGUCCGUGGGCUCGGUUCCGUGUCCGGAUCUACAAGGCUGACGGUCUGCCCACCAUGGAGGCGGGGCUAAUGGCCAAGAUGUCAAAGGUCACUGACCGGACAGUCUUCAUUGAUCCCUAUGUAAAGGUGACCUUCGCUGGGCAACAGGGGGAGACGUCGGUCGCCAGUGCCACCAGCUAUCCAGUUUGGAACGAGGAGAUCUCCUUCAUUGAGCAGUUUCCUCCUCUGGCUCAGCGAAUCAGAGUCCAGAUCCUUGAUGACGCCAAGAUGGGAGACAUUGCCCUGGCAACACACUUCCUGGACCUGCAGCAGAUUUCUGACCCCACCAGGAACGGGUUUAACCCCACCUUUGGUCCAUGUUGGGUUAACCUGUACGGUUCUCCUCAGAACUCCACCCUCGGAGACGUUCACCAGGCUUUGAACCAGGGUCUGGGUGAAGGAAUCUUCUACCGCGGUCGCAUCCUCCUUGCUCUCUGCGUGGACGUUUACUCCUCCCCCUCCGCCGUCACCACAGAUACAGGCUCCAUCGCCUUGGGAAAGGUGAAAGGAGCGCUGGGGAAGCUAGGACUGAGGAAGAAGAGGAGCAGCAAGAAGACGAAGGAGGGUCACUUCCCGGCUGCCAGUGGAUUGGCUGACGAGUCAGGAGACGUGGGAGUUGAGGUACCAGAGGCUGUUACCGUGGAGGUCGAGGAGACCCAUCCACUCCCUGAGGGUUUCCUGGGAGAGAGGGAGGAUUUUCUGUUGUUCGCAUCUCUGUUUGAAGUCACUAUGAUGGACCCAUCUGUAGGAACCACACCGAUGACCUUUGAACUCUCUAUAGGGAAUUAUGGGAAGGCAGUGGGCAUUGGGAAAUCCAAGAAGAGCCAGAGCAGGGAGGAGCUGAGGAGGAGCAGGGAGGAUCUAAAUGAGGAGGUGCAGGGUCUUCUGGAGUCAGAGGAGGAGCUGGACAGAGAGGAGGUGCUGAGUCCCGAACCUGAGAUGAGAUCUGUGUCUGCUGCCAUGAGACCCCAGCCCACCGAGUACGACAGGUCGUUCCAGUGUCUUCCUCUCCAGCCCCCUUCUGUGAAACAGAAGCCUUGUCUGUUUGUCUGGAGUCAGUUUGAAGAUCACAGCUUUCGUCUCUAUCAGGCUAACUGGCUCAGCAAGAUGGCCGACAGGCUGGAGAUUGGCCUUGAUGAGGUGGAACGUCUCUUGAGGAGGCCAAGGAGUAAUGCUAAGGAGCGUUUUGUGGAGGUGCUGCUGCAGCUGGUGGCCUGCUGCAAACAGUUUAGUGUUUUCUCAGACAGGAGGUCUCAGUCUCGUCCCAACAACCUGGACAGAUGCAGGAAGGAGUUUAUCAAGAAGAAUUUGGUCUUGGUGGCCAGACAGGCAGUGAGGGCCAGACGGAGGUUCACCAGGCGGACGGCCAAACAGCGUUUGAUGGAUGGCAGGAAACUCCUGAAGAAACUCCGCCUACUGGCUAAAGAGCCCCAGACCACCAUCCCGGAUGUGUUUCUAUGGUUACUGAGUGGAAGCAAGCGACUAGCUUACGUCAGGAUCCCCGCCUACUCCAUCCUCUUCUCAAUGGUGGAGGAGCAGAGGGGGCGGGACUGUGGUAGAGUCACCACCCUCUACAUGAAGUCUCCAGGAGGUUCAGCAAGUGAGAUCUUUGCGAAACUGGAGGUCUACCUGUGGCUCGGUUUGGCCAAGUACAGUAAAGAGGUCAUCACCAGCUUGCCAGAGGAAUUUUUGCCGGUCUAUGAAGAGGAGGAGGAGGAGCAGAGGAGGCUGGUCUCCAUGGGGAUGAGGAAACUUCCUGUCAGUCUGUCCUGCCAGGACAGCAGGUACUUCCAGCUACGAUGUCACCUGUACCAGGGGCGUAGCCUUAUGGCUGCUGAUGAUGACGGCCUAUCAGAUCCUUUCGCCAAAGUCCUAUUCUCUACACAGUGCCAGGUCACCAGGGUGUUGUUUGGCACUCUCUCUCCAGCCUGGUGUGAGUGUUUGUUGUUUGACAGAGUUCUGCUGGAGGGAACGAGGGAGCAGCUCCAACAAGACCCACCCCUCAUCAUCAUCAACAUCUACGACUACAACACCAUGGGCAGUCCGAAGCCUCUGGGUCGGGCGUUUGCCGAGCCAGAGUUUAAAACUGUGGAGCAGUUCUACCAGAAGCCCCAUCUCCGUUUCUAUGAUAUCAGCAUGGGGAGGGCCCCUGCUGGCGAGCUGUUGGCCGCCUUCGAGCUCAUCGAGCUGGACUACUCUGGGUUUGGAGAGCCAUGUCUCCCCAGCAGUGUGGAGCCUAAGGAGGUGACCUACCUGGAGGAGCAGAGAUGUUACAUCAUCCCAGAAGGAGUCCGACCUGUUCUGAAGACCUUCAGGAUUGAGGUGCUGUUCUGGGGUCUGCGGGACCUGAAGCGGGUGGAGCUGUUUGAGGUGACACGUCCUCUUGUGAGGAUGGAGUGUGCAGGACGACAGCUGGAGUCUGAAGAGAUCGAGGGCUACAAGACUCACCCCAACUUCAAAGAGCUGGUCCGCUAUAUUGACGUGGAGCUGCCGGAGCAGGCCUACCUCCACCCUCCUCUGACGUUGUUCGUGGUAGAGCAUCGGGCAUUUGGUCGGCUCGCUCUGGUCGGGUCCCACAUGGUCCAGAGCCUCAUGCACUACGCCCCGCCUGAGCUCGGGGGGGAGCCAGAGGAGGAGGAGGAAGAGCCAAAACCAAAACCAAAGGUGAAGCAGAAUUUGAUGAAGGUCAACACUCUGAUGUCAGUGAAGGAUAUUGGACUCAGUGGCCUGUCAAUUAAACAGUCAAAGAUUCCCAUCAACCCCAUCAAGCUGGUUAACGCUCCUCUGAAGAAGCUCAUGAAAAAGGGGGAGGAGCUAGAGGAGGAGCCGCCUGAGCAGGAGGAGUUGGAUUGGUGGUCCAAAUACUACGCUUCACUGAAGGAGUUGGACACACUGGCUGCUGAGAAGGAGGAGAUGGAGGAACAAGCAGAGACAGAUGGAGGGAAUCUGACCAUGGCGAACAUCGAAGAGGAGGAGGAGGAUGUCGUGGAGGUGGAGACUGUGCCACCCAAACGCAAGAAUAUUGCAACACUAAAGCUGUAUGGAGGUGAUCUGGAGUCAGAGUUCGGUCAGUUUCAGGACUGGCUGCAGAUCUUCCCGCUGUACAAAGGCAGAACAAGUGGUGAGGAUGAGGAGGAUGAUGAUGAAGAGAGGCUGAUGGGAAAAUACAAGGGCUCCUUCCUGGUUUAUCCGAUUGAUUCAGGAAACGAAGAAGACAUCAAGUGUCAGAUCACCAAUGGAAUCCCCAAAAACUCACCAAUCAAAGUCUUGGUCCGAGUCUACAUCGUUAAGGCCACCAGUCUGGCUCCCACAGACCCAAAUGGUAAAUCCGAUCCGUAUCUGGUGGUCCGAGCUGGACAACAAAGUCUGGACACCAAAGAUCGAUACAUCCCCAAACAGCUCAACCCCACGUUUGGAGAGGUGUUUGAAUUCACAGUGUCUUUCCCGCUGGAUACAGAGUUGGUUAUCUCAGUGAUGGACCACGAUCUUGUGGGGUCUGAUGACGUCAUUGGCGAAACACGGAUUGACCUGGAGAACCGGUUCUACAGCCGCCACAGAGCCUGCUGUGGUCUGGCUCUUUACUAUGACACUGACGGUUACAAUAAGUGGCGUGAUGGGAAGAAGCCAUCGGCCAUCUUGGCUGAGCUCUGCAGGGAGAACGGCAUCCCGUCUCCAGAGUACAGAACAUCUGAGGUCAAAGUCCUCAACAAAAUCUUCAAGAUCCCACCUGACGCAGUACCUGAAGUUCUGCUGAAGAAGAACCAGCGAACCCCAGAGGAGGAGGCAGAGAUGGAGGAGCACGCCGCCCUGAGCGUGCUGCAGCACUGGGGGGAGAUGAAUGAGUUCCUCCCCGGAGCCAUUCCUCUGGUCCCAGAGCAUGUGGAGAUCCGGUCCCUGCUGAACCCGGACAAACCUGGACUACCACAGGGUUACCUUCAUAUGUGGGUGGACAUGUUUCCUACUGAUGUCCCGGCUCCACCCCCUGUUGACAUCAAGCCCCGCCUACCCGAACAGUAUGAGAUGCGUGUGAUCAUCUGGAACACUGAUGACGUGUUUCUGGACGAUGUCAACCCGUUCACCGGUGAUCCGUCCUCCGACAUCUACGUUAAAGGCUGGAUAAAGGGACUGGAAGGAGACAAACAGGAGACUGAUGUCCACUUCAACUCCCUAACUGGAGAAGGAAACUUUAACUGGAGAUUUGUGUUCCGCUUCGACUACCUUCCUACUGAGAAAGAGGUGGUGUAUAAGAAGAAGGAGUCCAUUUUCUCUCUGGAGGAGUCGGAGUUUCGACAGCCGGCUGUUCUGACACUGCAGGUCUGGGACUACGACCGAAUCGCUUCCAACGACUUUCUGGGCUCCAUAGAGUUAAGUCUCAACGACAUGGUGCGAGCAGCAAAGUCAUCCAGUAAGUGUACGAUCGAGAUGGCGAAGGAACGGGCCAGCCCUCGAUUCUCCAUCUUUCGCGCCAAGAAGAUGAAGGGCUGGUGGCCGCUGACCCGCAUGAAGACAGCCGAGGACUUUGAGAGGGAGGAGAAGGAGAAGGAGGAGGCCAAGAAGAAGGGACGCAAGAAGAAGAAGAACAAAGACAAGAGGAGCAAUAUGCGACAGGAGGACAUCCAGUACACCGACAGCAGCGGCAACACUUUCCUGCUAAUGGGGAAGGUGGAGGCGGAGCUUCAGCUAGUGACGUUAGAGCAGGCGGAGGCCAACCCUGUGGGGCGGGCCCGCAAGGAGCCGGAGCCUCUGGACAAACCAAAUCGUCCCACCACCAGCUUCAACUGGUUCGUCAACCCGAUGAAAACCUUCAUCUUCCUCAUCUGGAAGAAGUUCAAGAAGUUCAUCAUCGCUCUGGUCAUCCUUGUCAUCGUCAUGCUCUUCCUCGCCCUCAUCGUCUACACGCUGCCGCAACAAAUCUCCUCCCGCAUUGUCAACGGAUGAAGAAACCUGCAGGGAGUCUUCGUCGCCUCCUCCUGAGUGUCACAGACUGUCUCAGGUUUCUGAUCCUAAACUGAUCCAGAUUACAACAGACUGAAGUCAUAUUUAGCCUGAUUUCUAUGGAACCAGUCAGUAAAACUCAUUAUUUAAUAUGUUUACUCUGACUGCACUACAUUACCCAGCAUCCUUGUUUAUAGAAACACAGCCUGGGUCAUGGGAGCUAUAAUCAGGGAUCUGUUUUACUGUGAGAUUCAUCCAUCAUCAGUGGAAAUUACUGGACACCUAUUACUGCAGAUUUAAGUCACAUAUUUAUAUUGUGUAAAUUAAAGAUUGUUUGACUCUUGCAGCACAGGUCAGACUUGUUCUGGACAUACAGCACAAAUCUGACUGGAUAAAUCAGCACCUUUCCUAAACAUAAAUAUAACUCAUAACAUUUUGUGUACAAGUGUAAUUGGUUGAUUAAAUAUAACUGUGGUAGCAAAUUAAAUAAGUAAAUAAAAUAGAUAAGUACAUAACUAUAAUUUUGACUCAUAACUGACAUUGAUAUUUGUACCAGUUUCAUCCUUUAGCUGUUAGCUUAUUUCUGAGUAAAUAAAUUAAUAAAUAUUAAUAUCAGUCA